ACAUGAUGCCCCUAACUACCCGGCGGUUAGUUUAUUGCACGCGGUCCAUCUGCCAGUCCCGCACUGCUCUCCACCUAUCGUUCUUCUUCUUCGGUCUCCUCCCCUCUUUGUUCACCGGCGACCCGCCGUAUAAAUCCUGCUUCUGCAACUGAUCUGAUCCGAGGCUUCCGUGCUCGGGCUCAUGGAGUUCAAGAGGAAGGAUGUAUGGGGCCUGCUGCUCGUGCUGCUCCUCGGCCAGCUCGUCGCCUUCUCCAUGGCCGCCUCAAGCUUCACCUCCUCCCUCAUCGCCAAUCUUGGAGUUGAUGCACCACUCACACAGUCUUUCUUCGGAUACCUGCUGCUGACCUUAGUUUAUGUACCAAUCGUCCUGCAUCGACGGCAGAAGCUGCAAAUUGCUUGGUACUGGUACCUAGCACUGGCGUUCAUUGAUGUACAGGGCAACUAUCUUGUUGUGAAGGCAUACCAAUACUCCUACAUCACCAGUGUAACUUUGUUGGAUUGUUGGACUGUUGUAUGGGUCAUCAUACUCACCUGGUACGCACUGGGCACAAGGUAUUCUUUCUUGCAGUUUGUAGGGGCAGGGACAUGUGUGGCAGGGCUUGCCCUUGUGCUCCUUUCAGAUGCGGAAUCAACAGGGGAGCCAGAUCCAAGUAAAAUACCACUUCUGGGGGAUGCCCUUGUUAUUGCCGGGACAGUUUUUUUUGCAUUUAGUAAUGUUGGGGAGGAAUACUGUGUCAAGAAGAAAGAUCGAGUUGAAGUUGUUGCAAUGCUUGGACUCUUUGGGUUGCUUAUCAGUAUGGUUCAGAUACUUGUAUUUGAAAGGAAGAGCCUAGAAGCAGUUACAUGGUCUCCAACAAUGAUAAGUCUCUUUGCAGGAUUUGCAGUGGCAAUUUUCAUAUUCUACACAAUUACUCCUUUCGUUCUUAAGAUGAGUGGAGCAACAUUGUUCAACCUUUCACUGUUAACAUCUGACAUGUGGGCAGUUGCCAUUCGAGUUCUAUUCUACCAUCAACAGAUAAACUGGUUGUACUAUCUAGCAUUCACAGUUGUGGCCGUUGGAUUAAUCGUCUACUCGUUGAAUGAAAGUUCUUCAGAUAAUGAAACAGCUGCAAGUGCAGAAGCAGCAGCCCAAUAUCAUCAGCUUCAAAGUGAGGAUGAUUCAACAGGAAGUGGACAAAAUUCAGGUAUCCAAGAAAGGACACAUAAGGAAGAACUUCACAUCUGUUAGUAGGUCAAUGUAUAAAGACACCUCCUUGUUAAUAGAUAGACCUGUACCCGAUUCGAUAUGGCUAUUAGUGACAACAGAUAUAUGCAGAGUAAACGGUUGCUCAAUUCAUGUAUAGGCAAAUGCAUUAUUAGCUCAAGUGAAAAAAUCAGGAUGUGGGAAUCAGAAUUACUUUUUUCUACACCUCAA